GCGCCCAGGCCCGGCUCGCAUGCUAGUCACGUCCGCCCCCUCGGCGCGGCCGCCCCGAGACGCCGGCCCCGCCGAGUGAUGAGAACACACGUCAAACUGCCUUAUGAAUAUUGAUGCGGAGGCUAGGCUGCUUUCGUAGAGAGGAGCAAAAGGAAGCAAGAUGGCUGCCCUUUAGGAUUUGUUAGAAAGGAGACCCGACUGCAACUGCUGGCUGGCUGCAAGGCUGCGGGACGAGAACGAGGCUGGCCAACAUCAUCAGCAGACCCUCUCAAGAUUGUCUACUCGCCCUUGCUCCUGUUGAGUUACCACCCUUGGAAGCAGGAGAUGGGCUUUGCAGCAGCCAACAGGCCAUGAUCCAGGAGGAGCAGUAAGGGACAGAACUGCUGAAUUCAUUCAGAGGGCAGCCUUGUGGAUGGCCCCGAAGCAAGCCUGAUGGAACAGGAUAGAACCAACCAUGUUGAGGGCAACAGACUAAGUCCAUUCCUGACACCAUCUCCUUCUCCCAUCUGCCAGACAGAACCUCUGGCUCUAAAGUUCCAGAAUGGAAGCCCAUUAACUGAGAGACCUUAUCCAGAAGUAAAUGGAGACACCAAGUGGCAGUCUUUCAAAAGUUAUUAUGGAAUACCCCAUAUGAAGAGAAGCCAGAAUAGUCGCGUGAGUCCGGACUUUAUACAAGAAGGUAGAGGGUAUUCCAGGUGCUUGCAGAAUGGAGGAAUAAAACGCACAGUUAGUGAACCUUCUCUCUCUGGGCUUCAUCAGAACAAGAAAUUGAGACAAGACCAAAAGGCUAAUGGAGAAAGAAAGAACUUCGGGGAAAGCCAAGAAAGAAAUCCAGGCAAAGGCAGCAGUCAACUGAAUGUCUCCGACUUGAGUGAUAAGAGAGAAUCUGCAAGCUCUGUAGUCCAAGAAAAUGCAGUUAAAGAUCUCAUCAGCUUUUCAACACAUAACUGCAGUAGGUCUGAAAAAGCAGAGCUUCAGAUUCUGAAAGAGCAGGAGGAGAAAAAUGCUAACUACCAUGACAAGAACAUUAUAUUACUUCUUACAAACAAGGCAGUGCUAAUGCCUAAUGGUGCUACAGUUUCUGCCUCUUCCAUGGAAAACACACAUGGUGAACUCCUGGAAAAAACACUGUCUCAAUAUUAUCCAGAUUGUGUUUCCGUUGCGGUGCAGAAAACCACAUCUCACAUACAUGCCAUUAACAGUCAGGCUACUAAUGAGUUGUCCUGUGAGAUCACUCACCCAUCGCAUACCUCAGGGCAGAUCAAUCUCCCACAGACCUCGAACUCUGAGCUGCCUCCAGAGCCAGUUGCAGUGGUGACUGAGGCCUGUGAUGCUGACAAAGCCAGUAAGACAGCUGCAAUGGUAGGGACCUGUCCCUUUCAGAAACCAGAAACACAAAAAUCAGUUUUUGAGAUAUGCCCGUCUCGUGACGAAAACAGUAAUAUCCAAGGAACCGCAAAUCUAGUAUCUGGUGAAGAAUUCUGUUCAGGUUCCAGCAGCGAUUUGCAGCCUCCUGGUGGCAGCUCUGAACGGUAUUUAAAGCAAAAUGAAAUGAAUGGUGCUUACUUCAAGCAGAGCUCAGUGUUCACUAAGGAUUCCUUUUCUGCCCCUACCACACCACCACCAUCACAAUUGCUUCUUUCUCCCCCUCCUCCUCUUUCACAGGUUUCUCAGCUUCCUUUAGAUGGAAAAAGCACUCUGAACGAUGGAGUUUUGGAAGAACACCAUCACUACCCCAACCAAAGUAACACAACUCUUUUAAGGGAAGUGAAAAUAGAGGGUCAGCCCGAGGCACAGUCGUCAUCCCCGAGUCCUAAUCAAUCUACGCAUGUAGCCAACCACUCUCUGAUGCUACCAGAAAGGCCUCAGAAUAAUUGUGUCAACAAGAAUGACAUGCGGACUCCAGGGACAGUGACUACUCCCUCAUGUUCUGAGAAAGCGAGACAAAUAUCAGAACGCCUCAAGCAUAACCCACCAAUUCUUGAUAGCAGUGGGGAUCCACAGGACCACUGCCAGCAGUUGAUGGGACACAAAGAGCAAGAUAUUCCGAAGGGUCGAGACAAGGAACAAACACGAGGUCUUGUGCCCCCAGCACAGCCCUAUCUGAAACCAGGGUGGAUUGAAUUGAAGCCCCCUCACUUUCAUCAAGCAGAAUCCCAUCCAAAAUGUCAUGAGGCAUCACUGCGGUCAGUUCUUCAGUAUCGGUCCAACCCCUCCACUCAAAUGACCUCCAAACAAUACACUGGAAAUUCCAACCUGCCUGGGGGGCUCCCAGGGCAGGCAUACAUCCAGAAAAUAAUGCAGCCAGAGCAGAGGCCACAAAGGUACCAAGGUGAGAUGAAUCAAGGGCAGUUUCGAGGUACAGUGGACCAACAGCUCCAGUUCCAAAAACCCUCACUUCAGGUGCACUUCUCUAAGACAGACCCUUCAUCCGAAGCUCACGUGCAGUCACUGUGCACCCCUAGGUUUUACUUUCAGCAAAGACCAGAUCCCCAAACUGAGAAACUCAUGCCCCCAACAUUGAAACAGCACUUGAAUCAGCAGGCUUCGGAGACUGAGCCAUUCUCAAACUCGCACCUUUUACAACACAAGCCUCACAAGCAGGCAGCACAACCGCAACCAUCCCAGAAUUCACUUAUCGCUCAAAACCAGCAGCAGCAGCAAAAAUUACAAAUGAAGAAUAAAGAACAAAUGUCCCAGACUUUUUCUCACCCCCAAGGCAACAACGAUCAGCAAAGAGAAGGAUCAUUCUUUAGCCAGAUUAAAAUGGAAGAAUGUUUCCGUGGUGAAAAUCAGUAUUUGAAAUCAAGUGAGUUCCAGACUCAUAAUAGUCAAAUGGGAUUGGAGCAAGUGCAGAAUAUGAAUAGUAGAAAUUCCCCCUAUGGUCAGACCUUGAAAUCAAAUACAAGCAAACUACAGAUUUCUUGUUCGAACAAUACACACCUAGCUCCAGAAAAUAAGGAACACACUAUCAAUUCUGACCUCUUUGCAGGAAACAAGACUCAAAAUUUGCAUCACAUGCAAUAUUUUCCAAACAAUGUGACUCCAAAGCAAGAUGUUCUUCACAGGUGCUUUCAAGAACAGGAGCAGAAGACACAACAAGCUUCAGUUCUACAGGGAUAUAGAAGUAGAAACCAAGACAUGUCUGGUCACCAAGCGGCACAACCCCCUCAGCAAAGGUACCUGAUGCAUAACCAAGCAAAUGCUUUCCCUGUGUCUGACCAGGGAGGAAGUCACCUUCAGACCCCUCCCCAGAAGGACAUUCAAAAGCAUGCUGCUCUACGGUGGCACCUCUUGCAAAAGCAAGAACAGCAGCAAACACAACAACCCCAAACUGAGUCUUGCCAUAAUCAGAUGCACAGGCCAAUUAAGGUUGAACCUGGAUCCAAGCCCCAUACCUGUAUGCGCCCCAUGGCAGCACAACCAGAAAACAAAAUGUGGAAAAAGGUAACUAAGCAAGAGAUUCCACCCCCGAGUUGUGAUAAUGUGCAGCAAAGGAGCAUCCUUGAGACCAUGGAGCAACAUCUGAAGAAGUUUCAGGUCAAGUCAUUAUUUGACCAUAAGGCUCUAACUCUCAAAUCACAGAAGCAAGUGAAAGUUGAAAUGUCAGGGCCAGUCACAGUUUUAACUAGACAAACCACUGCUGCAGAACUUGAUAGCCACACCCAAACUUUAGAGCAACAAGCAACUCCUUCUGCAGAAAAGACACCAACCAAAAGAACAGCUGGUUCUGUUCUCAAUAAUUUUUUAGAGUCACCUUCCAAAUUACUAGAUACUCCUAUAAAAAAUUUAUUGGAUACACCUGUCAAGACUCAAUAUGAUUUUCCAUCAUGCAGAUGUGUAGAGCAAAUUAUUGAAAAAGAUGAAGGUCCUUUUUAUACCCAUCUAGGAGCAGGUCCUAAUGUGGCAGCUAUUAGAGAAAUCAUGGAAGAAAGGUUUGGACAGAAGGGUAAAGCUAUUAGGAUUGAAAGAGUCAUCUAUACUGGUAAAGAAGGCAAAAGUUCUCAGGGAUGUCCUAUUGCUAAAUGGGUGGUUCGCAGAAGCUGCAGCGAGGAGAAGCUACUAUGUUUGGUGCGGGAGCGAGCUGGCCACACCUGUGAGGCGGCUGUGAUUGUGAUUCUCAUCCUGGUGUGGGAAGGAAUCCCACUGUCUUUGGCUGACAAACUCUACUCAGAGCUCACCGAAACGCUGAGGAAAUAUGGCACUCUCACCAAUCGUCGGUGUGCCCUGAAUGAAGAGAGAACCUGUGCCUGUCAAGGGCUGGACCCCGAGACCUGUGGUGCCUCAUUUUCUUUUGGUUGUUCAUGGAGUAUGUACUACAAUGGAUGUAAGUUUGCCAGAAGCAAGAUCCCAAGAAAAUUUAAGCUGCUUGGGGAUGACCCAAAAGAGGAAGAGAAACUGGAGUCUCAUUUACAAAACCUGUCUACUCUUAUGGCACCAACAUACAAGAAACUUGCACCUGAUGCAUAUAAUAAUCAGAUUGAAUAUGAACACAGAGCACCAGAAUGCCGACUGGGUCUGAAGGAAGGCCGUCCAUUCUCAGGGGUCACUGCAUGUUUGGACUUCUGUGCUCAUGCCCAUAGAGACUUACACAACAUGCAGAAUGGCAGUACAUUGGUAUGCACCCUCACUAGAGAAGACAAUCGAGAAAUUGGAGGGAAACCUGAGGACGAGCAGCUCCAUGUUCUGCCUCUCUACAAAGUCUCUGAUGUGGAUGAGUUUGGGAGUGUAGAAGCUCAGGAGGAGAAAAAACAAAGUGGUGCCAUUCAGGUGCUGAGUUCUUUUCGGCGGAAAGUCAGGAUGUUAGCAGAGCCUGUCAAGACAUGCCGACAGAGGAAACUAGAAGCCAAGAAAGCUGCAGCUGAAAAGCUUUCCUCUCUGGAGAACAGCACAAAUAAGAACGAAAAGGACAAGUCAGCUUCAUCUCGUACAAAACAGACUGAAAACGCAAGCCAGGCUAAACAGUUGGCAGAACUUUUGCGACUUUCAGGACCAGUCAUGCAACAGUCCCAGCAGCCCCCACCCCCGCAACUGCCGAAGCAACCUCCACAGCCACAGAAGCAGCCCCCGCAGCAGCAGCAGCAGCAGCCGCCGCCGCCGCCACCGCCGCCGCCACCGCCGCCGCCACCACUGCCCCAGCAUAACCCCAUGACAAAUAACCCUCAAUCAGAGUCUGUCAGCUCUUACUCUUCCUCUGGAUCUACCAGUGUGUACAUGAGACGGCCCAAUCCAGUUAUCCAGGCUUAUCCGAGCUCUUCACACACUUCAGAGAUUUAUGGAGGUGCCAGCCCUAUGAACCUCUAUUCCACCUCAUCCCAAGCUGCAGGUUCAUAUUUGAAUUCUUCUAAUCCCAUGAAUCCCUACCCUGGGCUUUUGAAUCAGAGUAACCAAUAUCCAUCCUAUCAAUGUAAUGGAAAUGUAUCAGUGGACAACUGCUCCCCAUAUCUGGGUUCCUAUUCUCCUCAGUCUCAGUCCAUGGAUCUAUAUAGGUAUCCAAACCAAGACCCUCUCUCUAAGCUCAGUCUACCACCCAUCCAUACACUCUACCAGCCAAGGUUUGGAAAUAGCCAGAGUUUUACUUCUAAGUACUUAGGUUAUGGAAACCAAAAUAUGCAAGGAGAUGCCUUCAGCAGUUGUACUCUUAAAACAAAUGUACACCAUGUAGGGACAUUUCCUCCUUACUCCACUCAUGAGAUGGAUGGCCACUUCAUGGGAGCCGCCUCUAGAUUACCACCCAAUUUGAGCAAUCCAAACAUAGACUAUAAGAAUGGCGAACAUCACCCAUCUUCUCACAUAAUCCAUAACUAUGGGGCAGCUCCAGGCAUGUUCAACAGCUCUCUCCAUGCCCUGCAUCUCCAAAACAAGGAGAAUGACAUGCUUUCCCACACAGCUAAUGGGUUAUCUAAGAUGCUUCCAGGUCUUAACCAUGAUAGAACUGCUCCUGUCCAAGAAGGCUUACACAAAUUACAUGAUGCUGGCAGUCAGGAAAAGCAGCCCCCUGCCGCCGAGGACAAUGAUGAAGUCUGGUCAGACAGUGAGCAGAGCUUUCUAGAUCCUGACAUCGGGGGAGUGGCUGUGGCUCCAACUCAUGGGUCAAUUCUCAUCGAGUGUGCCAAGCGCGAGCUUCAUGCCACAACCCCUUUAAAGAAUCCCAAUAGGAAUCACCCCACCAGGAUCUCCCUUGUCUUUUAUCAGCAUAAGAGCAUGAAUGAGCCAAAACAUGGCUUGGCGCUCUGGGAAGCCAAAAUGGCUGAAAAAGCCCGAGAGAAAGAGGAAGAGUGUGAGAAGUAUGGCCCAGACUAUGUGCCUCAGAAAACCCAUGGCAAAAAAGUGAAACGGGAGCCCGCUGAGCCACAUGAACCUUCCGAGCCCACUUACCUGCGCUUCAUCAAAUCCCUUGCCGAAAGGACCAUGUCCGUGACCACAGACUCCACAGUAACUACAUCUCCAUAUGCCUUCACUCGGGUCACAGGGCCUUACAACAGAUACAUAUGAUGUCUCCCCUCGUGGUGGGUACCUCAUUUGAAAAGACCACAACCAACCUGUCCGUAGUAUAGUUCUCAUGACGUGGGCAGUGGGGAAAUAACACAGGAUUCAUGACAAAUGUGGUGGGAAGAACCUCAGCUCACCAGCAAAACAAGAGAUCAUCUUACCAUAGCACUUAAUUUCCCCCGACUCCUAAGUGGUCACAGAUGGCAUCUAGGCAAAAGACCAAAGCAUUCUAUGCAAAAAGAAGGUGGGGAGGAAAGUGUUCCACAAUUUACAUUUUUAAACACUGGUUCUAUUAUUGGACGAGAGGAUAUGUAAAUGUGAUUUUUCCCCCUUACAACUCUACACAUCUGUGACCACUUUUAAUAAUACCGAGUUUGCAUAGUCAUGGAACACAAAUCAAACAAGUACUGUAGUAUUACAGUGGCAGGAAUUUUAAAAUACCAUCUGGUGCUGAAUAUACAAUGUACUGAAAUACUGGAAUUAUGGCUUUUUAACAUGCAGUUUUUACUGUAAUCUUAAUAUUAACUUUUAUUUAUCAAAAUAGCUACAGGAAGCAUAAAUGAAUAGACAGCAAAACACUGAAUUUGUUUGGAUGUUUUAAGAAAUGGUGCUAAGAAAAUGGUGUCUUUAACAUUUGAAAAUUUAAUGCCUUUAUAUCAUCAAGAUUCUAUCAGUGUACUCCAAUGCCCUUGAAUAUAACAGGGGUACCUUUUCAUUCAAAUUUUUAUCAUAAUUACCUAUUCUUACAUGAGGUUUUGGUUUUUUUGGGUUUUUGUUUUUGUUUUUGUUUUUGUUUUUAAUGUGGACAUUUAAAGGCUUCUGGAUUUUGCUCAUCCAGUAAAGUCCUUGUAGGACAAUAAACGUAUAUAUGUACAUAUAUAUAUACACACAUAUGUAUAUGUGCACACACAUGUAUAUGUAUAAAUAUUUUAAAUGGUGUUUUAGAAGCACUUUGUCUACCUAAGCUUUGACAACUUGAACAAUGCUAAGGUACUGAGAUGUUUAAAAAAAAAAAAAAAGUUUACUUUCAUUUUAGAAUUCAAAGUUGAUUCUUUUUAAGGAAAUAAGGAAAGCUUUUAAACUAUUUUUGCUUUUAGCCAUGCAUCUGCUGAUGAGCAAUGUGUCCAUUUUUAAUAUAGCCAGUUAAAUCCACAAUGGGGCUUACUGGAUUCAAGGGAAUAACUUUAGUCCACGUUUUCUGGUGCUCAUCUCACAUGCUAUACUGUAAAACAGUUUUAUACAAAAUUGUAUGACAAGUUCAUUGCUCAAAUAUGUAGUUUUAAGAAUUUUCUAUUAACUGCAGGUUAACAAUGACAUGCUACAGACUUAACAAAGCUAGUUCACUUAAGCUGAUGCUAUUUUAUGGAUCUGUGUGCUCUUCAGCAAACCCAAUGGCAGUCUGCUUUUGUGUUGGUAAUUGUACAUUGUGAUGUUGUCAUUUCUUAGCUUAAGUGUCCUCUUUUCCAGGAAGAUUGAGCAGACUGAUGCCUGCAUAAGAAUAAUAAACAGGGUUAGUUCCAUGUGAAUCUGUUAAUUAAAAAGAAAAAAAAAACAGGCAGCUGGUUUGCUGUGGUGGUUAUAAAUCAUUAAUUUGUAUAAAGAAGUGAAAGAGAUGUAUAGUAAGUAAAUUAAAUUGUAAACAAAACUUUUUUAACGCAAUGCUUUAGUAUUUUAGUACUGUAAAAAAAAUUAAAUAUAUACAUAUAUAUGUGUAUAUAUAUAUAUGGAUUUGAAGCAGAAUUCACAUCAUGAUGGUGCUACUCAGCCUGCUACAAAUAUAUCAUAAUGUGAGCUAAGAAUUCAUUAAAGGUUUGGGUGAUGUUCCUACUUGUCAUAUACCUCAACACUAGUUUGGCAAUAGGAUAUUGAACUGAGAAUGAAAGCUUAUAGCAUCAUGUACCAUCAUUUUUUUCCAAGUCUUUUUAUUAUUAUUAUUAAAAAAGCAUAUCUUUUUUCAAUACUUGAUUUCUUAGCAAGUAUAACUUGAACUUCAUCCUUUUUGUUCUAAAAAUUCAGGGAUAUUUCAGCUCAUGUUCUCCUUAUGCCAACAUGUCACCUGUGUUUAUGUAAAAUUGUUGUAGGUUAAUAAAUAUAUUCUUUUUCAGGGAUUUAACCCUUUUAUUUUGAAUCCCUCCUAUUUUACUUGUAUAUGUCCUGAUGUAACUAAAACUAAUUUUGUAAAUCUGUUGGCUCUUUUUAUUGUAAAGAAAAGCAUUUUAAAAGUUUGGGGAAUCUUUUGACUGUCUCAAGCAGGAAAAAAAAAAAAAAUUACACGAAAAUAGAAUGCACUGAGUUGAUAAAGGGAAACUUGUAAGGCAGGAGUUUGGCAAGUGGCUGUUGGCUAGAGUCAGCACUCUAGAUAAAAUGUUUCAAUCCUGGAGUCAAUAGACUCCAGGCCCAAGCGGACAUCCCCCGCAGAGGCAGAACACGUAGGGGUAUGGUGUGCAAUUGAUCAAUUACAUUUUUGUCUAAGUACAUUUGUGUUUACUAACAUUUCAAAUAAAUUCGUAAUCAGACAAGGCCUUUGAGUUUUACUGGUCAAGUCUUUAUAACAGGAUUUUUGUCUAUGAAAAACAAUUUCCCAUUUUUGGCUGUGACGAAUUGAUAAACAUUUCAAAAAUGUUUGCUUUGCAUAUGUCAAACCACACGAUUUUAAUAUUUUGCGUAUGUCAUACAUCUAACCCCAAAUAUUUGAUUACUACGUGCACAUCUGUUGGUUUUGAGUCAGCCAUCCCUAUAUGAAUGUUUGGUUUCCGUACCAUCCACUGUCAUUUGUCAAACUGCUGGCCAACAAGAGAACAAGAAGUGUAGCUUGGGGUUUGGCGAGAGGUAAGGAGGGAGGAGAGGAAACCGAGUGGCAUAUUGUAAAUAACAGAUCUAUAAUUGUAAAUAUCCAACCUGCCUCAGUUAGAAUGAAUGGAAGCAGAUCUCCAAUUUGCUUAUAUAGGAAUAUCAGGUUAACUAUAUAGCCAUACUUGAAAAUGCUUCUGAGUGGUGUCAACUUUACUUGAAUGAACUUUUCAUCUUGACUGACGCACAGUGGUGUAUGUACAGUUCACUUGUAAAGCUAGUGGUUAACUUGUGUAGGAAACUUUUGCAGUUUGACACUAAGGUAAUGAACUCUGUGUGCAUUUUUCUAUGCUUUUUUUAAGACUUAGUUUCAUUUCAUUUUCAUGUUUGGUUUGUCUAUAAAACCUGAGGAUGGUUAUAAAUACUGUAAGUAUUGUAAUGUUAUGGAUGCAGGUUAUUUGAAAGCGUUUAUUAUUAUAUCAUUCCUGAUAACGCUAUGUGAGUGUUUUUAAUAAAAUUUAUAUUUAUUUAAUGCACUCUAA